GGAAAAUUAUGCUGCAAUGAAAAAUUUGGUUGACCAGUUGAAAACAAAUAUCCAGAAGGUUAUAGAAGGAGGAGGUGAAAAAGCAAAACAGUUGCAACUUUCUCGAGGUAAAAUGUUAGUCAGGGACAGGAUCAAUAAUCUUAUAGACCCUGGAUCUCCCUUUUUAGAACUGUCCCAGCUGGCUGCUUGGGAUAUGUAUGGUGAUGAAGUUCCUUCUGCAGGAAUAAUUACUGGCAUUGGACGAGUUUGUGGAGUUGAGUGCAUCAUUGUAGCAAAUGAUCCAACUGUGAAAGCGGGAACUUAUUAUCCUAUAACUGUGAAGAAACAUAUUCGUGCUCAAGAAAUAGCCAGACAAAACAACUUGCCGUGUAUAUAUCUAGUUGAUUCUGGUGGAGCAAAUUUGCCCCAUCAGGCAGAAGUAUUUCCUGAUGUUGGUCAUUUUGGACGAAUCUUUUAUAAUCAAGCAGUUCUAUCUUCUAUGGGAAUUCCACAGCUUGCAGUAGUUUUAGGUAGUUGUACUGCUGGUGGUGCCUAUGUACCAGCAAUGGCAGAUGAUAGUAUCAUUGUACGACGUCAAGGGACAAUUUUCUUGGGAGGACCACCUUUGGUAAAAGCAGCCACAGGAGAAGACAUUUCAGCAGAAGAGCUGGGAGGAGCAGACUUGCAUUGCAGGCGUUCUGGUGUGACAGAUUAUUAUGCACAAGAUGAUCUUCAUGCCUUGCAUCUUGCCCGUAGGAUAGCAGCAAACUGGAACAAAAUGAAAAAACCUAAUGUAACAUUCACAGAACCUGAAGAUCCAAUCUACCCUGCUGAUGAUUUGUAUGGUUUUGUGGGAGACAAUCUUAAACGAACCUUUGAUGUGAGAGAGAUAAUAGCCAGAAUUUUGGAUGGAAGCAAAUUUGAUGAAUUUAAAGCCUUGUAUGGAGAGACUCUUGUAACAGGUUUUGGAAGGCUUUUUGGUUAUCCUGUUGGUAUUUUAGGAAAUAAUGGUGUGCUCUUUUCUGACUCUUCUCUAAAAGCAGUCCAUUUCAUUCAACUUUGUUGUCAGAGAAAAAUUCCUUUAAUUUUCUUGCAGAACAUUACUGGUUACAUGGUUGGAAGAGAUGCAGAAGCAGGUGGAAUUGCAAAGAAUGGUGCCAAGAUGGUGACAGCUGUAUCAUGUGCUCAGGUGCCCAAGCUAACAGUUAUAGUAGGAGGAUCCUACGGAGCAGGGAACUAUGGAAUGUGUGGGCGUGCAUACGACCCUAGGUUCAUGUAUAUGUGGCCUAAUGCUAGAAUAUCCAUAAUGGGAGGAGAACAAGCAGCCAGUGUCUUAGCUCAGAUAACCAGAGAUCAGAGGCACAGAGAAGGAAAAGAGUGGUCGGAAGAAGAAGAAAAAGCACUUAAAGAGCCAAUCAUCAAGAAAUUUGAAGAGGAAGGAAAUGCUUACUAUGCAAGUGCACGGUUGUGGCAUGAUGGUGUUAUUGAUCCAGUAGACACCAGAAGAGUAUUAGGACUAAGCCUAAGUGCUGCACUUAAUACUCCUAUCCCAGAAACCAACUUUGGAGUUUUCCGAAUGUAGAACAAUUUGUAUAGUGUAAAUAAUUCUAGUUUUAUAUACACACUUUGCAUUAGGACAUGACUAAAUUAUUGGGUAUGUGUCAAAAAAUAAUAAUUGGGAUAUAGUUUAUCAUUUACCUUUACUAAACUACAAAUUUAUGUAAAAAGGAAAAGGGACAAAUAAAGUUAUCCUUUCAA